CAAUUGUGAUUACUUGAGUGUUGAGUCUUUUCCUCUUUGGCCUUUUCCCAAUUUCAUUCAAUUCUUCAUUCAACCGCGCUUUCCUUUCGUUUCCUUCUUCCUUUCCUAAUUUCCUUCUCUCACCAUUUAAACACAGAACAAGGAGAUAGAAUGAGAGGAGAUGUUUGAGAAAUUAAUGUGAAAAGUGAGAAACAUGGAGUUUUUCUCCUUUCGAGUUCAUCUAUUUUCUCUCAUACUUUUUCUCUCUACAUUCUACUGCUUCAGCUUCGACUCUUCAAUCCACACUAUCAACUUGGAAAAUCCACAGCUCACUGUGAAACCUGUGCGCUUGCAGGGCUAUACACCCAAAGACUAUAAAGAUGCAUUGUCAUGUGAGCGUGUUCAUGUCGUUCCUCGCUCGAGACUCAAACUUGAGAGCUAUUCAAGCUCAAUCCGUCUUACAGUGGCACCUUCUGUAGUCAUUCCUGAGAGGUUACACAACAGAAUCCAAAUCUGCCUACAUAUGAAUGCUUCAAUUGGAAUUUGUCAGUGUGAAAAGGAUGCAUGGAAAUCCGUCCACAAGGGGAUAUGGGGCUCUAUGAUUUCUCCAUACGAAGACAAGUACAUUGACGUGAAGUAUAUUGGUGAUGUAUCGGGUUCUGUCACAGUCUCAGUUGAAGAAGAAUUUCAACGUUGGCGUCUCAUCUGUCUUGGAUUUGGAAUCAUUCUAUUACUUGUUGCACCAAUUGUUAGCAGUUGGGUGCCUUUCUAUUAUAGCAGUACAAUGGCUAUUGGGAUACUACUUGUUGUCAUAAUCCUUCUUUUCCAGGGGAUGAAAUUAUUGCCUACUGGCCGCAAAAAUUUCUUUUAUCUGACCAUCUACGGAUCUAUUCUAGGAGCAGGGUCGUUUCUUUUGCAUCAGUUUUCAAUUCUUGUAAAUUCUAUUCUUGUCAAUUUUGGCUUGGGCGAAGAGAUGCACAAUCCGGUUUCCAUUUUUCUACUAGUCGGCAUUGUUCUUGCGGGUGCUGCAUUGGGUUACUGGAUCGUGCGAAGAUUUGUAAUUUCAGAUGACGGCAGUGUUGAUGUUGGAAUUGCUCAAUUUGUGAAAUGGGCAAUGCGAAUAAUUGCAAGUACAUUUAUUCUCCAGGGCACUCCUGAUACUUUGUUCGCAUGGGCAACAGUGGUACUGUGUUGGUUGAUAUGUUUGUUAGUCUCUUCUUUGAAGUGGCCGAAUUCUGGGGAUAGGAAUCCUCAUUGGAGAAAGGCUGCAAAGGUGGCUAAUAAGCAUAACCGCGCUGAAUUUCUUAGGAGGUCUCCGAAUAAUAGUCCUCAAGGAUGGAAAGUAUUGAAGUCUCCUAAUAGUGCACCUAAUUGGUGGAGCUCUCCUGUUAGAGGCACUGGUUUGGCACCACCUUCCAUAAAUAAGAAGAUGAAUGCUCAAAAGCAUUACUAUUCAAGCUUCCACAAUGUGCCUAAGCGAAAGAUGUCGAAAAAGGAGUGGGAAGACUUUACACAGGAAUCAACUCGUCAAGCUAUGGUCGAAUUGACCUCUAGUCCAGAAUUCAGUGAGUGGGUAAUUGAAAAUGCAGAUCGGAUACAACUUCGUGAUGAUGACAGCUCAGAUGAAACACUUGGAAGUGGUUCUGAUUCCACAGAUGAGACUGUUGUUGACAAUGUUCCGCGGAUGGGUUUGUUCAAGUGGUAGUUAUCUGUUCAUGACUUUAGAGCUGUACAGCCUAGGAAGUUUAGAAUACAUUAGUCAGUCUCAGAGACUUGCUCAGUGCGAUUUGUAGGUUAGGACUUAGGAGUAGAGAUGCGAUGCACUUGGCUUUUGUAAUUUAUUUCAAGUUUUCUGAAAUUUUAGAACUCUUGCACUUUGAGCAUGUGAUCGUACAUAAAGCUUACCUUUUAAAAUUAUAGAUGUAAUUUUAAAAGUUAUCUUAACAGGAUUUACAAGCUAA